AUGGGUCUUGGUUGUGGUUUGUGUGUAGAACUGGGGCGGGGGCCCUCACCUUGGGUCGUGGUUGGGGGCCCUCGCCUUGGGUCGUGGUUGGGGGCCCUCACCUUGGGUCGUGGUCGGGGGCCCUCGCCUUGGGUCGUGGUCGGGGGCCCUCGCCUUGGGUCGUGGUCGGGGGCCCUCGCCUUGGGUCGUGGUCGGGGGCCCUCGCCUUGGGUCGUGUUGGGGGGCCCUCGCCUUGGGUCGUGGUUGGGGGGGCCCCACCUUGGGUCGUGGUUGGGGGGUCCUCGCCUUGGGUCGUGGUUGGGGGGCCCUCGCCUUGGGUCGUGGUCCGGGGCCCUUGCCUUGGGUCGUGGUCCGGGGCCCUCGCCUUGGGUCGUGGUCCGGGGCCCUCGCCUUGGGUCGUGGUCCGGGGCCCUCGCCUUGGGUCGUGGACCGGGGCCCUCGCCUUGGGUUGUGGUCCGGGGCCCUUGCCUUGGGUCGUGGUCCGGGGCCCUCGCCUUGGGUCGUGGUUGGGGGGCCCUCACCUUGGGUCGUGGUUGGGGGGUCCUCACCUUGGGUUGUGGUUGGGGGGUCCUCACCUUGGGUUGUGGUCCGGGGCCCUCGCCUUGGGUCGUGGUUGGGGGGCCCUCACCUUGGGUCGUGGUUGGGGGGCCCUCACCUUGGGUCGUGGUUGGGGGGCCCUCACCUUGGGUCGUGGUUGGGGGCCCUCGCCUUGGGUCGUGGUUGGGGGGCCCUCACCUUGGGUCGUGGUUCGGGGGCCCUCGCCUUGGGUCGUGGUCGGGGGGACCUCGCCUUGGGUCGUGGUUGGGGGGCCCUCACCUUGGGUCGUGGUUGGGGGGUCCUCACCUUGGGUCGUGGUUGGGGGGCCCUCGCCUUGGGUCGUGGUCCGGGGCCCUCGCCUUGGGUCGUGGUCGGGGGGUCCUCGCCUUGGGUCUUGGUUGGGGGGCCCUCGCCUUGGGUCGUGGUUGGGGGGCCCUCGCCUUGGGUCGUGGUUGGGGGGCCCUCACCUUGGGUCGUGGCUGGGGGGCCCUCACCUUGGGUCGUGGCUGGGGGGCCCUCACCUUGGGUCGUGGUUGGGGGGUCCUCGCCUUGGGUCGUGGUUGGGGGGCCCUCGCCUUGGGUCGUGGUCCGGGGCCCUCGCCUUGGGUCGUGGUCGGGGGGUCCUCGCCUUGGGUCGUGGCUGGGGGCCCUCACCUUGGGUCGUGGCUGGGGGGCCCUCACCUUGGGUCGUGGUUGGGGGGUCCUCGCCUUGGGUCGUGGUCGGGGGGUCCUCGCCUUGGGUCGUGGUCCGGGACCCUCGCCUUGGGUCGUUGUCCGGGGCCCUCGCCUUGGGUCGUGGUCGGGGGCCCUCGCCUUGGGUCGUGGUCCGGGACCCUCGCCUUGGGUCGUGGUUGGGUGGCCCUCGCCUUGGGUCGUGGUCCGGGGCCCUCGCCUUGGGUCGUGGUCGGGGGCCCUCGCCUUGGGUCGUGGUCGGGGGCCCUCGCCUUGGGUCGUGGUCGGGGGGUCCUCACCUUGGGUCGUGGUCGGGCGCCCUCGCCUUGGGUCGUGGUCCGGGGCCCUCGCCUUGGGUCGUGGUCGGGGGCCCUCGCCUUGGGUCGUGGUCGGGGGGUCCUCACCUUGGGUCGUGGUCGGGCGCCCUCGCCUUGGGUCGUGGUCGGGGGCCCUCGCCUUGGGUCGUGGUUGGGGGCCCUCGCCUUGGGUCGUGGUUGGGGGGCCCUCGCCUUGGGUCGUGGUCGGGGGCCCUCGCCUUGGGUCGUGGUCGGGGGCCCUCGCCUUGGGUCGUGGUUGGGGGCCCUCGCCUUGGGUCGUGGUCGGGGGCCCUCGCCUUGGGUCGUGGUCGGGGGCCCUCGCCUUGGGUCGUGGUCGGGGGGUCCUCACCUUGGGUCGUGGUCGGGCGCCCUCGCCUUGGGUCGUGGUCGGGGGCCCUCGCCUUGGGUCGUGGUCGGGGGCCCUCGCCUUGGGUCGUGGUCGGGGGGUCCUCACCUUGGGUCGUGGUCGGGCGCCCUCGCCUUGGGUCGUGGUCGGGGGCCCUCGCCUUGGGUCGUGGUUGGGGGCCCUCGCCUUGGGUCGUGGUUGGGGGGCCCUCGCCUUGGGUCGUGGUUGGGGGGCCCUCGCCUUGGGUCGUGGUCGGGGGCCCUCGCCUUGGGUCGUGGUCGGGGGCCCUCGCCUUGGGUCGUGGUUGGGGGGCCCUCGCCUUGGGUCGUGGUCGGGGGCCCUCGCCUUGGGUCGUGGUCGGGGGCCCUCGCCUUGGGUCGUGGUCGGGGGCCCUCGCCUUGGGUCGUGGUUGGGGGCCCUCGCCUUGGGUCGGGGGCCCUCGCCUUGGGUCGUGGUCGGGGGUCCUCACCUUGGGUCGUGGUCCGGGGCCCUCGCCUUGGGUCGUGGUCCGGGGCCCUCGCCUUGGGUCGUGGUCGGGGGGCCCUCGCCUUGGGUCGUGGUCGGGGAGUCCUCGCCUUGGGUCGUGGUCGGGGAGUCCUCGCCUUGGGUCGUGGUCGGGGAGUCCUCGCCUUGGGUCGUGGUCCGGGGCCCUCGCCUUGGGUCGUGGUCCGGGGCCCUCGCCUUGGGUCGUGGUCGGGGGCCCUCGCCUUGGGUCGUGGUCCGGGGCCCUCGCCUUGGGUCGUGGUCGGGGGCCCUCGCCUUGGGUCGUGGUUGGGGGGCCCUCGCCUUGGGUCGUGGUUGGGGGGCCCUCGCCUUGGGUCGUGGUCCCCAGUGUUGCACUUGGAGGACCGUGGGGAUGCGUGUGACUUGCAAGAGUACAUGGAGCAGGAUACUUUGAGUCGUGUCCACAGAGAUCUGGACUCGUUGCUGCAAGUGGAGAGACAAAGGCAUAUCUUGCUCAUGUGGUUUAAUAUAUGUGAUCAAGUUGGGUUCAUGGGAAAAGCCGAAAGGAAAAUGGUUACACUCAUGAAACUAUCUUAA